AGUGUCGAUUGCGGCCGCGCGAGUGAAAUAUAUACAAAGCUCCGCGACGUGUGCCGAAUGCAUACGAGCUUGUAUGUCAAGCAACAUUGCACGAUCGUGGUUGCCGUGGCGCGUCGCUGUUAAGCUCGUUACACCGUGCUCCGUGAGCAGCGCGUGGGAUCUCUCCCUCCCUCUCGCUCUCUCUCUCUCGCUCUCUCUCUCUCUCUGAUUUCUGUACCCGUGCUCGUACUAUACACCGAGAACGUCGUCCGCCGCCCGCGUGGCAUCGCGGCAAAUCGUUCCCUCUCUCUCUCUCUCACUCGCUCUCUAUCUCUCUCUUUCUCCAAUACGCGCGCUAUCGCUAUCGUAGUUGUAGUUUAGCUAUACCACGUGUACGAGUAUGACAAUUGUGCAUGUGGCUGCUGCCGUCAAGACUUGGACAUUCUGAUUCAUCAGAUUGUGACCGGCCGGUGAGCGCUCGCCAUGCCAGUAUGGAGCCAGCGUGCUCGCGGAGCGACACGGAGGAGGCGCUGAGCGAGAGCGGAGAGGCGCAGCAGCCGCGCGACCCAGCGCCGGCCGUGGCGGCCGAGUCGCCGACAGCCGGCGGCGAGCCGCGCAACGGCCCCGUCGCUGCCCCGACCCUGGCGCAGCCACCGCCGCCCAAGGCUGCGCCGCCCAGGCGAAAGAUGAGCGUCAUGCUGGAGGAGGACAGCUCCGACGACCUCGACAAUGACUGCCCGAACAGUGCGCGUAGCAUUGGAAGCAGCCACCCGGACAACGACUCGGACUCGACGUACGAGGAGCGCGGUCGGCUGCUCAGCGCCGAGUCGAUCUCCGCGUGUCCGACGAUGCGCAAGUCCCUGCAGCACAUCCCGAGCGGCCGGACAGCCAGCCACGGCAGCCAGAGCAGCCGAGCCUCCAGCCGGCUCAACAGUCCGGUGGCCAAGCGCUCGGCUGGCAGCGCGUCGCUCGACAGCUUCCACGAGAGAUCGUCGCGCUCGCGCACCGACACUCCGCCCCCACCUCGACGGCCGCGCCACCAGCAUCGCGAGUCGCAGAGGCGACCGGCGCCGCCGCUGCAGCCGCCGCCGCCGCCGCCGCCGCCGCCGCCGCCGCAACACCACCACCUUCAGCAGCAGCACUCGCAGCGCCGACAAUUGCACAGGCCCUUAGAGAGCGGCAGCGCCAGUAGGCGGGGGGACUCGGCGAGCCGACACUGCAGUCGGAACCCCAGCAUGCGCUCGCUCAAGUCCAGCUCUGCAAGCGACGAGCAGCACUGCGCCUCCUGCUACCCGCUUCAACAUCAGCAGCAACAGCCGGCGCUGCAGCUCUACCCGUCCAAGACCUGCGCCAGCUGGGGCUCGAUCCUGUUCCCGGACCAGUCCACCGUCAUGGCGGCCAGGCCCACGGACGUCGUCUCCAUUCGCUCGCUCGCCUCGAUCGGCAUGGGCUCGUCCGACGGCAGGAAGCUGACCAUACGGCGCGUGCCCACCUCGCCGUCCGAGCUGCUCAACAUGGUCCAGCCGGCCACGCCCGCGGAGGACGAUCUGUCGACGUGCACCAGUUACGACGACGGCGACGCCGAGGACCCGAGCGAGUAUCGUCAGCCGAGGCGGCCGCACUGGGAGAACAAAGUGCAGUUCGUUCUCGCCUGCAUCGGCUACUCGGUCGGCCUGGGCAACGUCUGGAGGUUCCCUUAUCUGUGUUACAAAAGCGGCGGAGGGGUAUUCCUGAUACCGUACUUUCUAGUGCUGAUCGUGUGUGGCGUGCCGCUGCUGUACAUGGAGUUGAGCAUCGGGCAGUUCACGCGGCGCGGCCCGAUCGGCGCACUCGGCCAGAUCUGCCCGCUGUUCAAAGGGGCAGGACUGUCGUCGGUGGUCAUAUCCUUCAUCAUGUCGACCUACCACAACGUGAUAAUCGCCUACGCGAUCUACUACUUCUUCACGGGAUGCAAGUCCAUACAGCCGUGGUCCAACUGCGACAACAAGUGGAACACGCCGCACUGCUGGCCGCGCGACGAGAGCCUCCUGAGCAACCACAGCCGCGCGCUGAAGAACCGAACGAUACCGGCCGCUGAGUUUUUCGACCGCAAGGUGCUGAAGAUCAGCGACGGCAUCGAGCACCCGGGCUCGCUGAGGUGGGAGCUGGCCGCCUGCCUGAUCGCCGCCUGGGUCAUCGUCUACUUCAGCAUCUGGAAGUCGAUCAAGUCGUCGGCGCGCGUCAGGUACAUCACGGCCACGCUGCCGUUCCUGCUGAUAUUUUUUUUUCUCACGCGCUCGCUCACCCUCGAGGGAGCCGAGCAGGGCCUGCAGUUCUUCUUCCAUCCGGACUGGCAGCUGCAAGACGCCAAGGUGUGGGUGAACGCGGCCGCUCAGAUCUUCAACUCGGUGGGCAUAGCCUUCGGCUCGAUGAUCUGCUUCGCCAGUUACAACAAGUUCCACAACAACAUCCUCGUCGACGCGGUCGCGGUGUCGAUGAUCAACGCCUUCAGUUGCCUGUUGGUGGGUAUAUUCGCCUUCGCGACUAUCGGCAACAUCGCCGUCGAGCUCAACAUGACGGUACCGCAGGUGCUCAACGACGGACCCGGCCUGGUAUUCGUGGUUUAUCCACAGGCCUUGGCCAAAAUGCCGUGGUCCCAGAUGUGGGCGACGCUCUUCUUCUUUAUGCUGGUCUGCUUGACUCUCAACAGCCAGUUUGCGAUCGUCGAAGUGGUGGUCACCUCCAUACAGGACGGCUUCCCCAAGUGGGUCAAAAAACAUCUGAUGUGCCACGAGAUGCUAGUUCUGCUGGUGUGCAUAGUCUCUUUUCUCCUUGGCUUGCCGAACGUCACGGAAGGAGGAAUCUAUUUCUUCCAGCUGAUCGACCACUACGCAGCCUCGAUCUCAAUUAUGUUCCUAGCCUUCUUCGAGGUGAUCGCCAUCUCGUGGUUCUACGGGGUUCGACGGCUCUGCAGCAACGUGAAGGAGAUGACCGGCCGGGCGCCGGGUAUCUACUUUCGCUUCUGCUGGCUCAUCGCCGCUCCUCUCCUCAUAAUGGCUGUGUGGGUGUUUAGCUUGAUCGACUACGAGCCCCCGCAUUACACCAGAAAUAUGGGCGUCAAGUACCAAUAUCCAUGGUGGGCGGAGGCCAUUGGCUGGGGUAUCGCCUCGCUCUCGCUCGUUUGCAUUCCAGCCUUUGCCGCUUGCGUUCUGUACCGAGCCGAAGGAACCAGCUUCACCGAGAAGCUGCACAACGCCAUCAAGUCCGAUUUCGAGGCCUGCGAGGUGUGCGGACAGGAGUACUGCACCGAGCCGUCGCACAGCACGGACGACGACGUGCUCAAGGAGCCACUUCACGAGAUGAACAACGUCAUGGUGGUGCAAACAUUCCAACCGCCGAAAACUCAAUUGUGAAGCAACAACGAUGACUUAGUUAAAUUGACGAAAGCCAGAGACUCGACCCGCGAGAGGCAACCAGAUCUUCGCCUAGAAGCCGAUCUCGCUCGAAGAUCGCCUCGCGACGGCUGCGCGCUGCCUCGUGCUUGCUCGAGUCACGCGACGUUGCGAUUGCUGCGCAGACCAAUCUUCUCGCGGGCACCUCGCGAGCUUUCGCGUGUCAGCUGAUAUUUUAACUUAUUUAAUUGUCUAAUAUUGUAUUACGCUGUAUUCUUCACUAGACAUUCCGAUAGUCGGCUUCAGUGCCGACAGCGCCGACUUAGUGAUGCUCAUCCAGGUGUGAGCGAUGAUUUUAGCUUCAAUCGGCAGAGAUAUCAGAGCAUGGCCUCUGGGACAACGACGUACAAUACCUAUUUUCUUUCUGCGAAUAAACUGUUGUUUUUCUAAAAAAGAAAGUCAAAAGCCAGCAUCCGAGCUUCAGUUAUCUCCAUCUCGAUUCUCCUAUAGGCGCUGCGCUGGGCUAACACUUGUGCGUGUCCGUUUAUUCAAAUAGUGCUAGGGCUACCUUGCACCGAUAGGACUUGAAACUGUACAACCUCGCGGGCGCUUCGCUGUGACUUGAGUCGCGAUCGCAAUGUGAAAUAGCGUUCGCGUUCAAGCAGUUAAUAUCGUAUGUAACAGCUUAUAAAAGGAGCGUGAAUUGUGCUCCGUCGUGCGUGUGGCCUCCAUCGCUCUUAUCGACGAGGCCUUCCUCGCGAAUCGCUCCAGUCGAGAACGCGUCGAGACGAGCGCCCGAACGUCUCGCCCUCGUAAAAAUUCUGUUCUAGAAACACUGGAACGCUACCCCGAUCUUUGGCGCUGCCACCAAAGCCGUUUGCGAGCUUACGUAUAUACAAUGCUUCGACGUUCGAACAGUCACUCAGUUCUUGCCAUGUUUGUAGAAGUUCGCGUUUUUCAGGACAUGUCAUUGUUUUAUUUUCUCAUACUUUUGGACCUCGAGAAAUGGCAUUUUACAACAAAUUAAAGAGAAUGUCGUCUCGCUGCAACAGCAUGGAUUUCGAAAGACUGUACUACACCGACUGUAUCACACAGACACUUUUUUUCAGAGUAAAUCGUGCCGUUCUUACUCAUGCUAACACGGAACAGAAAUUGCAAAUAUUUCUUCUUGUAGCAAGGAGACGCCAAAUGUUUUCAAGCAACGAAUUCGAGCACAAAAAUAUCAAUAAACCGUCGAAUCGUUGUGUCGAACGAGCGAAUUGCAUUAGCUUUUACCGAUUUGAAAGAAAGAAGCGAACCUGACUUUUUUUUAUUGCGAAUAAGUUUUAAGAUCACCCAAACGGAAUUUAGUUAUCGACAUCUACCAAAAAGAUCAAUUGCCACGUAUGUAAUUAGGAGCUGCUUGCUUACCGUCGUUAUGAACAUUUAAUAUACUUCGCCGGUCAUGUUAAUGACAAGGGAGCCGCGAGAACAAUGGAAUUGAUACACACACUGGCGAAGCGAUACCUUUUCUUCUGAUAUGCAUCUAUCCCCACUUGUACAAGGUAGCUGCCUGACUGGGAAUGGAAAUAAAUGCACUCGAUCUAUGGGAUUUCUAACCGA